CAAAAUUCGCCCAUCAAUAAUUGGCUGAAAUUGAUCACGUGACAGGGACACCGAAGAGGAAGUGUUAGAGCCUGAGCGUGUGUAUUUGUUUACAGCCGCGAACUCUCCAUUCGAACCUCGGAACGCCUGCUCUGUGUGACCGAUAGUCUUUAUUUCACGGCAAGAUGUUUUACAUUAUUUGCGAGAGAUGCACAAAUAUUGAGUGCCUUGCGUAUCCUAUUUAUACGAUGCAUAGUAAUGGCAUUAGCACCUGCUAACAAGACAGGCUAAAAUUGAGCGUCGUUAUCUCGCAAAAACGAGGGUAACCCUCAUCUUACAUCGUCGAGAAACCAUUGACAGGGUGUUUAUCCGAUAAAUGCGUGGGGCAUUUUUAGGCAGCUACGACUGUUGUCUCUUUUUCAGGUAGCUGACACGUUUGCUCGUUAGCUAGCUGAUAAAGAAGCUAACAUGGACGUUACAGAAGACACUGUGACCUCCCAAAGCAUGUUCCUGAAGAGAUAAGGCAUGCACGAACAAUGGGCUUUCUUUAUGAGCCAGUUAUCAGCGUUUGUAAUCUAAGAUUUAAAGUACAUUUGUAGGAAGUAAGACGGGGAUACUGCCUGCACCUAUCCCCUGUUCCCAGAGAUAGAAUGAUAGAAACUCGACGAAGACUGAGUGCAGUAUGGCAUUGACUGAGGUUUAUUGGGAUGGACAUUUACCCCUACCAAAGCUUGCCCCAGUCCAGGCCAAAGUCACUGUCACCCUGGUGGCCCUCCUGUGCUUUAUCAACAGUUAUGAUGGAGAGUUUGUGUUUGAUGAUUCUGAAGCAAUUAUCAACAACAAGGACCUGAAACCAACAACGCCCCUGAACAACAUCUGGCGAAAUGAUUUCUGGGGAAGCAAUUUGAGUAGCAACUCUAGUCAUAAGUCUUACCGACCGCUCACUGUCCUUACGUUUAGGUUAAACUACCUCAUAGCCGGAGGCCUGCACCCCAUUGGCUUCCAUGUACUUAACAUCAUCCUCCAUGCUGUCAUAUCUGCCCUCAUGAUUGACAUAUUUGCUGUUCUGAUCGGGGGACUGGCUUAUGAUGAUAAGGGUCGGACACUGAACCUUGCUCCCAAGACCUCUUUGCUUGCUGCCAUCUUCUUCGCGGCGCACCCGGUUCACACGGAGAGUGUUGCUGGCAUAGUGGGCCGAGCUGACCUUCUAUGCGCUCUGUUCUUCCAGCUGUCUUUUCUGACUUACUGCAAAGCCUUUAACAAAGGGACUGAACGAGAUGACAGGUUUUCUGUCCAGUGGAUUGUGGUCAGCCUCUUGCUGUGUGCUGCAGCAAUGCUCUGUAAAGAACAAGGCAUCACCGUCUUGGGUGUCAACAUAGCCUUUGACGUCCUCCUCAUCUGCAAUCUUAAUGUGUAUGAACUCAGCCAAAGGCUACUGUUUAGAAAGAAACCACUUGACCUAAGUGAGAUGUUGCGAAUCGGAUUGCUGGCAAGAUUGGCGCUUAUGGGCCUCGGAGGGCUCUUGAUGCUCUAUGCACGCUGGAGAAUCAUGGGCACAGGACCACCAGCAUUCACGGAAGUAGACAACCCCGCCUCCUUUGAGGAAAAUAUAUUUAUUAGGAUUGUGAACUAUAAUUACUACUACUCUCUUAAUGCCUGGCUGCUGCUGUGUCCCUGGUGGCUGUGUUUCGAUUGGUCUAUGGGCUGUGUGCCUCUCAUUAAGUCAGCCACUGAUUGGAGGAUGGUGUGGCUGCUGCUGCUCUGGUGCGUCCUGAUAGGCUUGAUAAGCCAAGCCUUAUGUUCACGGGACAGCCAGAGGAGGAGGACACUGACUCUGGGCCUGGUGCUGCUGGUGGUCCCUUUUUUGCCCGCGUGCAACUUAUUUUUCCGGGUGGGCUUUGUCGUUGCCGAGAGGGUGCUCUACCUGUCCUCCGCCGGCUACUGCCUGCUUCUGGCCCACGCCGUCGCGCUCUGCUGCUGGCGCUGGAACAAACACAGGAGGUUGCUGUGUGUCAUGGUGCUUACCCUCCUAUGCAUGUACGUGGUUCGCUGUGCCCUACGCAGCCACCAGUGGCGGUCAGAAAAAAGCCUGUUCACCAGCGCCCUGGCUGUCUGUCCACUCAAUGCCAAGGUACAUUACAAUGUGGGGAAGAACCUGGCCGACAGAGGGAACACUACUGCUGCUGUCGGAUAUUACAGAGAGGCAGUCAGGCUACAUCCAACCUACGUCCAUGCUAUGAACAACCUGGGGAACAUCCUGAAGGAGAAGAAUGAACUGAUUGAGGCAGAGACGUUGCUGUCCAAAGCCGUUUCCAUUCAACCUGACUUUGCUGCGGCUUGGAUGAACCUCGGUAUCGUUCAGAACAGCCUCCAGAAGUUUGAGGAGGCAGAGCAGAGUUAUUGGAACGCCAUCCGCUUCCGACGAAAAUACCCAGACUGUUACUACAAUCUGGGACGCCUGUACGCUGACCAGAGCAGACACUUGGAAGCCCUGAAUGCAUGGAGAAAUGCAACUGUGCUAAAACCUGAUCACAGCCUGGCUUGGAAUAAUAUGAUCAUUCUCCUGGACAACACAGGUAACCUGGGUCAAGCAGAGCUGAUUGGCCGAGAGGCUCUGAGGGUCCUUCCCAAUGACCAUACCAUUAUGUUUUCGCUGGCAAACGUCCUGGGGAAAUUACAAAAAUACAAGGAGUCAGAGGGCUUCUUUCUUCACGCUCUUCGGAUCAACCCAAAUGCUGCUAGUUGCCAUGGCAAUUUAGCUGUGCUGUAUCAUCGCUGGGGGAAGCUGGAGCUGGCAAAGAAACACUAUGAGCUGUCUCUAAAGUUGGACCCCGAGGCUCCCGGGACCAGAGACAACUACAACAUGCUGCGACGCAAACUGGACCAGCUUAAGCGCAACACACCCUGAGGGAAACAUACUCGGACCCCUGCUUGCUAUAGAAAAAUUGUUUCCAUUGUUCCAUUUUGUAUAAUUUUAUCUCACCGAUACUGGCUUUACAACACUUUGAAAUAAAACAUUUUAAAAAACACACACACGAUUUGUCAGACUCGGAUUCUGUUCUUUCGUACAAAUCAAUGAGAGAAACAAAGGUUAAAUAAAAACACAUGUUACA